UAUGACAUUCAAAUUAUUGGGCUAAUUCGGUUUUAAAUUAAUGGUCUAAAAAUUAUUUUAAUUAUUUCCUCUAACAAAUUUUCUCUGGAAAAAAAAAUUGCAAGUUAUACCAAGGCUGUUACAGAAUCGUAGGUUAUGAAACUAAGGAAUAUUUGUUAUGGAUCACAUCCCGAAAACAGGCACAAAUUGCAAUGUUAAAAAAUCUACUGAAGAUUAAAUUUCCAACUACGGUGAGAUAUAUGUCCUCAUCAAGAUGUAGACCAUCACCCAUUCGAGUUGGUAUAUCAUUGGCCUUUGGCAAAUAUUUAUUCGUGACGAACACCAUCAGCUCUGGCGUUCUUAUGUUAUUAGGAGAUUGCUUGCAGCAAGAAAUCGAAUACCAAAACAAGAAAUUGACUAAAAGAUAUGAUUAUGGGCGGCUAAAUCGUAUGUUCUUAAUUGGUUUAGCAUUUGGGUCAAUAAAUCAUUAUUUUUAUAUAUGGAUGGCCAAAAUUAUGCCAGAUAGAAGUAAGAAAACGGCAAGAAGAAAAUUAAUAUUAGAUCAAAUAAUAAUGUCUCCCCUCUGCAUAAUUAUAUUCUUUUAUGGUAUGGGCCUUAUGGAAUCAAAAUCAUUACCAGAGUGUACAAAAGAAUUAAAAAGUAAAUUCUGGGACGUUUAUGUGAUGGACUUUUUUCUAUGUGCUCCAUCACAAUUUAUCAAUUUCUAUUAUGUUCCUGUGAAAUACCAAGUCUUUUACGUAAAUGCUAUAGCGUUAGUGUACAGUAUGUUCCUGUCUUACUUUAAACAUAAUUAAAAACGUUUAAACAGAAUGUCAAACCCAAGGUGUAAUAUUGCAAAUACAGUUAUUUACUUAAUAUGUACUAUAUCUAAAUAUUAUUGUUUAAUUUGCAUUAUAUUGA